UAAACUAUCUUACACCUACAGAGAGAGAGAGAGAGAAAGCGCCUGAAUUUGAUACGUUUUAAACGGUUUCUUUUGGUUUUCUAAAGAUUGGAAAGCCCAGAAGAAAGCAUGGAUCUCAGCAACGUCAACAUAACACACGAGCGUAUGUACCCGCUCCCCUUCGCCAACUCUUCGCUCUUUCCCAUGCUCCUUCUUUCCCUGGCGAACCAGAAAAUCGCACCCAAGAUAUCGACCUCUUUCAAAAAGGAGUACGACUAUAUUGUAGUGGGAGGAGGAUCCGAGGGAUCAGUGGUCGCUGAUCGUCUCUCUGAGCUGCCAUGCGUGAAUGUGUUGCUGCUGGAAGCUGGACAGAACCCUCCCCUGGUGUCCGAUAUACCAGCAGUGUCUCGAUAUUUCUACUUGAGUGAUAUAGACUGGCGGUAUCUAACGACGCCUCAGAAACACACAGGCAAUGCUCUCAACAACAGGCAAGUUUAUUGGCCAGCCGGCAAAGUUCUGGGAGGCAUCAGUAUCUACAAUGAUUUGAUCUACUCUCGAGGCGCUAUGUCGGUCUACGAUGAAUGGGAGAAGCAGGGUUGUAAAGGGUGGAGUGCUAAAGAUGUCUUUCCCUAUUUUAUGAAGCUCGAAGACAAUAGAGACCCAGAAUACUUGGCGAAUGGUUAUCACUCUCGAGGAGGUCCUGUAACUAUAGAAAAGCCAAGAUACGAUUCAAUAAUUAAAGAACCGAUUUUUGAGUCAGCCAAAAUGUUUGGUUACAAAGUUGUUGAUCCCAACACACCGACUACAUCAGGUUUCUACCAUUUUCAGGGAACACUCAGAAAUGCCCAGCGAUGCAGUCCCCCUAAAGCAUAUCUUGUGCCAGCGGAAAACCGCACAAACCUUGAUAUUGUGACUUCUGCUUACGUCAAAAAGAUCAUGAUAGAAGGCAAUCGAGCUACUGGAGUGGUGGUCGAUUAUGGAGGAUCUGAGCAUAUAAUAAAAGCCAAACGAGAAGUGAUAGUUUCAGCAGGAACUGCCAAAACACCUCAACUUCUCAUGCUUUCUGGUAUAGGGCCCAAAGAUCAUCUGCAGGAGCUCAACAUUCCAGUCGUUGCUGAUUUACCUGUAGGGAACAAUUUACAAGCUUUUGCUAUUGCUCCACUGAAUUACCAGAUAAAUAAUCCCCACCUUCAGCAAACAGUGGAGCAGAGACUUGCAGACGAUAGUAACAUUGAAGAAUAUAUCCACAAUAGAACAGGAAUUUUGGCUUCAGCAGAAAUUAUUUCCGUGAUAUCUUUCCUGAAUGACUUAAAUGCCACGAACCCAUACGAUUUUCCUUAUUACGAGAUGUACUUUCUGGAAUUCCCGAAGCUUGUGCCUAAAAAUCAAACAAAUUUCAAACCUGGCGUUUUUGAAGAAAUAUAUGGACCUUACAAAGACACGCCCAUCUUUCUGUGUGGUGCCAUGCCAACGCAGCCUAAAAGCAAAGGAACUGUUAGAUUGCAAUCUACUGAUCCCUAUGUUCAACCAUUGAUUGAUCCCAACUAUUUCGCGGAUCCCUUGGAUGUUAGGUCUGUUGUGGCAGGUCUGAAAACUUGUCAGCAGAUACUUCUAACCGAACCUUUAAGAAAAGUUGGCGCCAGGGCUUUCGAUAAGCCCAAUCCUGGUUGUACAGAUCUCGUUAAUGAAGGCGACAAAUAUUACGAGUGCAUUGCAAGAGGCGCCGUUCUUCCCAUUUCUCACGCAGUUGGCACCGCCAAGAUGGGAGACCCGAAUGACCCCACGACGGUUGUGGAUCCCUUGUUGAAUGUGAAAGGGGUAAAAGGUCUAAGAAUUGUAGACGGUUCGGCGAUACCCAUCAUACCAUCUGCCAACUCCAACAUUCCAGAGAUUAUGCUUGCGGAAAAGGCUUCAGAUCUCAUCAAGCAAACUGUGCAAUGUCCAGCGGCAUGAGAAGUUCAGAAAAACCACCUUACAAGAUGACCAGAUCACGUCUCUGAAUUUAAGAAUUACAUUAUGGAUGUGAAUAUGUGUCUUAAAAAUCAUCUCCAAAAGCGUACGAAAAAUGUCUUCAAGAAAGGUUCUCGCUUCUAAAUAUUUAAUGCUCAUUGGAUGAAAUAAUGAACAGUGUUAAAUGUUCUUUGAUAUCCAGUUUUAAAAAUUUAUUUUUUGUGAUAUUUUUAACUAUUU